UCGAGGUGGUCUUUGUUUUCCUGGAAAAGCGAGCAGGAGUGCACUGAUGCUGCGUCGCUGGUAAACACCAGAAAUGGGUGCCAUCGAACCAAGGUUGCCAGUCGCGGUUCAUUCUUGGACCAGAUUUGCCUUCUUCUUAUGAUAAAACAUCUGCCCUAUCCAGGUGUUAAACAUCUACAAGUUGCUACACUGAGCAGGCUUCAGUCAAGCAAACAAAUGGUCCAAUCAAUAGCCUUUGGACAGAGUCUGCCAUAGGGAGGAUAUCAAUAACACGCUAAUACACCUGACACACACACACGCACACACGCAUACAGGCCAUGGCGUUGGAGAACUCAGUCUUCCCCACCCGCCCAGACUCUCUCUCACUCCCUGUGGAGGAGAAGGGGGAAGGGGAAGAAGUGGAGGUGGCCACUGAGGCCACCGGCUCCACCGGAGUCUUCAACCUAUCUGAGGAGCUGGGCCAUGUCGUCACCACAGAGACGGCGCCACCGUGUCCGCCCCUUGCCAAGGUCGGCAGGUCGUUCCAGGCAAAGCUGGCAGAGCGGGAGGCCACAGCCAAUCAGACCAGGAAGAAGACCCAGGGGACGGAGAAAGAGAGGGGACGAUUUGGGUGGGCCCGGACUCGGCGUAAGAGACAGCGCUACGUGGAGAAGAACGGUCGCUGCAAUGUGCAGCACGGCAACAUGCGGGAGACUUACCGCUACCUGACUGACAUCUUCACCACGCUGGUGGACCUCAACUGGCGCUGCUCCCUCUUCGUCUUCGUCAUGGCCUACGCCGUCACGUGGCUCUUCUUCGGGGCCAUCUGGUACCUCAUAGCCUACUGUAGGGGUGAUCUGGACCAUCUGGAGGAUGAGACGUGGACGCCAUGCGUCAACAAUGUCAACGGCUUCAUCUCGGCCUUCCUCUUCUCCAUCGAGACAGAGACCACCAUUGGCUACGGCCACCGUGUCAUCACUGACCAGUGUCCAGUGGGCACCAUGCUGCUGCUGCUGCAGGCUAUACUGGGCUCGAUGGUCAAUGCCUUUAUGGUCGGCUGUAUGUUUGUGAAGAUCUCACAGCCCAACAAACGGGCGGAGACACUGGUGUUCUCUAAACACGCCGUCAUCUCCCUGAGGGACGACAAGCUCUGUCUGAUGUUCAGGGUGGGCGACCUUCGGAGCUCCCAUAUAGUAGGGGCCAACAUGAGGGCCAAGCUCAUCAAGUCCAAACAGACUCAGGAGGGUGAGUUCAUCCCCCUGGACCAGACAGACAUCAGCGUGGGCUUCGAGACGGGCGACGAUCGUCUCUUCCUGGUCUCCCCGCUGGUGAUCUCCCACGAGAUCGACUCACGUUCACCCUUCUGGGACAUGUCGCAGUCCCAGCUGGAGAAGGAGGACUUUGAGAUCGUGGUGAUCCUGGAGGGGAUGGUGGAAGCAACCGGGAUGACGUGCCAGGCGAGGAGCUCCUAUCUCGCGGAGGAGGUGAUGUGGGGUCACAGGUUUAGCCCAAUGAUGUCGCUGGCAGAGGGUUUCUUUGACGUCGACUAUGGAGCCUUUCAUCACACGUUUGAGGUGGACACGCCCUCCUGCUCAGCACGAGAGCUCUCACUGGCUGCAGCCAGACUCGACGCUCACCUCUAUUGGUCCAUCUCCAGCAGGCUGGAUGAAGAGCCCACCCUGACCAAUCAGACGGCCAAGCAGCCGGACAGCGGCUCGGCCAACAGCAAAGGAGGGGAGCCAACCUUCAUCGUGGGAGAGAUGACGGACAUCCAGGAGCAAACAGGACUGGGCGAGCUGAACGGCAGCGUCGCCACCGACCAAUCCGAAUCAGAGGCCUAGAACAGAGAAUGUUUACAAAGACCUUAAGUAUAUCACCACGUCACCACAAUUAGUGUUUGCAUAUCUUUUCUUUCACGGCAAAUGAGUAGUUUCAUUAGGGCCAGUUCUACAGUAUAUGCCAUAUCUUAUGUUGCCAUAUGGAAGAGUUUAUUUCUUGAUAUUUUUUUGUCUUUUAUUUCUAUGUUGAUCUUUGUUACAAGUGUACUGUAUGUGUGCUAUCUUUUUUUUUUUAUCUGUUGUGUUAGCUCCAAUCACCCUUGCCUAUAUCUACAUUUAAAUGACAAUACUAUGCUUUAGGUGGGGUCAACAAUAGUAUAUCCUGUGGACCAAAGCAGAAUGUUGCAAAGAGGUGACAAGGUGGUUGUUUGUGCAGAGUCACGUGUGUGGAUUGUUCACAUUUAAAAUAGGUACAGUGCAUAGACGCUUUAUUUUCACCUGCGCAUGAAUAUCACUAGAUGAUAUUGAGGUAUAGACUGAAAUUGUAGUAACCUCAAAUUUCUUCAGAAAUGCAAAGAUUGUUCGAAGGUUUAUUGUUCAUCAAUCAGGUGUUAACAGGGUGGGAAAGUAACACCAGCCCACAGCCGCUGGUAUAUUUGUAUACUCUGCUACAAACGUCAUUUGGCAACAAACCAUCAUGUGGUGCUAAGAAAUGUUUGAAAUAUCUAUUUGGCUGCCAGAAGAUUCUAAAAGUGGCCAGUGAACCACAGAACAUGGACAACAAAGCUGGUUUCCUGCCCUGGGUGAUUUCUUAUCUUCUGUAGGCACAGAGUAUUCUGUUUGUUUAAGAGUAACUUAAAAAUAGAAGAAAGAAAAUUUUGGCUUUGUAUGUUUCUGCAAACCAUGGACACAUUACAUUUUUACGUUCCAUUGUUAGCACAUGGUAUGUGAGCUGACUUUGUCAUCUGGAGGUAGUGGGGAUGGUGGAGGGGGUGUCACCUAGGACGAGAUGCUUGCCAAGAUGCAGACCACUGUUCAAGACCACAAACAGCAAAACUGGUUGUUUUUAGUCGUUGCUGCAUUUCCAGCAGCACCCACCAAACAUGGGUGGUGUUCCAGCUUGGAUAGUGCAACCUAACCACACCACUGAAACUUAAAGAAACGUCAAGUUUUGACACACAUGACGUCUGCUACAUAAUAAUGUACAAAUGUAAUGUAUCCCUGAUUUGCAGAAACGUACAAUACCAACACUUAUUCUGGCGAUUGUGUUGCUUAACAUCAGGCUGAAAAGCAGUGUUUUGCUGCCCUUUCUGGUUAAAAGUUUCAAGACUAUUUAACCUCUGACCACGCCCAACAGUGAUGUCACUCAGUCCUGUAGUACACCUGUACAUCGCUGCUGUAAGGUAAGAAGUUAAACUGCUGGAGGUCAGCAAAAACAAGAUUUAAGGUACUCUUUAAUAACACCGGUUUGACUUUGCUGACAUUCCUAUCUGCACUUUCACAUUAUGGUGACUAGGGGAUCUAUCUAAAACCUUUAACGUAGAGACAGGUUAUCACUUGAGUGUGUCUGUGGCUUCGUUUCACAUACGACGUGUGUAGCACAUGGAUUAUCUUUUGUUCCCAGCCAAGUAGAAAUUGAAAAGCACAACAGUGUCCUGCUCAGUUAAGCCCAAACUCCUGCUUCUGCUGCUGUGUAUAUAUGUGGCCAUUUUUACUUGAUGUUUUUAAUAUGUAAUAUAACACAUCAAUUAGAAUUAAUAA